AUGCACCGCGCCGUUUUCUGUCUAAUCAUUUCGUGUUGGAUUUCGCUCUCGAUCGCCUAUGGAGUUCCAGAAUACUGCGACCCAGAUCAAGAGUAUGAUGAUUGCGAAUGUGAGGAUACUGAUGUCGAGCCGUGUUAUCAGCGAAAUUGUCCGGAUUCAACAUGGAGAAGGUUUGUGAGGCCCAGCGGAAAUGUCGUUUGCUUCAAGCCAAUUACGCAAAACGUGAACUAUGCGGGAGCGGUAUCUCUUUGUAGCAGUCUGACUUCCAAUUCCAAAUUGUUCGGAAUCGAGACCCAGGAGGAAUUUGACUAUUUGAAGUCAGCGCUUGGAAAUCGAUGGUAUUAUAUUGGCGCCUACCGGAAAGACGGAUGUCACGCCCCCAAAUCGGUGCUUCUCAGUCGUCCAGAAUGCUCCGUUGAUAAGAUGUUCGUUUUCAGUGAUGGAGUCACUGAGGGAACAUUCCUAUGGAACAACCAUUGGAGUGCUCAGAAUCCGGAUUCAUUCUACCGCAAUGGCGAGUUCGAAAGCGUUAUUGGAAUAUACAAUGGAUUGGUGGGAGAUUGGAGUACCGUUGAUAUUCUUCAUGGAGCUGUCUGCGGUCUCGCACUCUGCUAA